AUGAAGCCUGUGGAAUUGGAUGGAAGAACGGGUGAGGGUGGCGGGCAAGUCGUUAGAGUCGCGGUUGCCAUAGCUGCUUUGACAGGGCAAGCGGUCACAAUCACCAACGUGAGAGGAAAUCGUGACCGCGGCGGUGGUCUCAAGAGCCAGCAUGUCACCAGUAUCCAGUAUCUUACGGAGAUAACCGAUGCAGACGUUGAUGGCCUAAGUGUAGGAUCCAAAACUGUCACAUUCGUACCAAGACGAACACCCACGGAAUUACACCAACGCAAUAUCAAAGUAUCCGCAGAAUCAGGUUCUGCAAGCACACUUCUCAUACUCCAAGCUAUCUUGCCAUUCUUGGUCUUUGCGGGAAAUGACUCUGAGGAACCAGUUGAGCUUCAAAUCUCCGGCGGAACAAAUGUCUCAUUUUCCCUCAGUUUCGAAUAUCUGGAUCAGAUACUAUUGCCAACAUUAGAAGAACGGUUCGGCAUCCAGGUAGAGAGAACACUAGAGCGUCGUGGGUGGAGCAUGGGACCUCAGUCCAGAGGGCAAAUCAGUCUGAAAUUCCACCCAUUGAAGAUUGGUCAGAGCCUGCGAUACAAGGCCCCGGGGAAACUAAAAUACCCCGAAUCCUACGAGGUCAAGUCUGUCGAUGUCAGCAUGGUGGUGCCUGGUAGCAUGCAUGAGAAGCUCCAGGCAUCACUGACAAAAGAUCUGGAAGAACUGUUCCCGUCAACUGAAAUCUGCUUCAAGCUUACUGAAGACACGAACCUGGAUUCACGCUGGUACAUACUCCUCGUCGCACACUCCACAUCUGGAAUUCGAUGGGGACACGACUGGCUCGGAUCUCUGCCGAAGAAGACGAAUAACAGGGAUCGGUUCACGGAUCAGGUUUCAAAGCAGCUAUGCCGAGGUCUGUAUAAAGAGAUAGAGGUUGGGGGUCAAGUAGACGUUCAUCUUCAAGACCAAGUGGUCGUGUUCCAGGCACUUUGCGAAGGAUAUUCCUCGUUUCCUCGGCGUGACGGCCCAGGCGAAUCAUCUUCUGAGGCGCUAAUUGAUAAUAUGGGAAAUCUUGAUAUUGGAGGCGAUAGAAUGAGAAAGGAAAAGACUCAUGAACCAUUUGGUUAUGGUUCGCUACAUUCACAAACAGCAAGAUGGGUUGCUAGUGAGAUGCUCCCGAACGUGGAAUUUUACAAUAAAGGAGACAUAGUCAAAGGCGCAAGUAUAUCAAUGAAAUAG